AUGCAAUUAGCGUCGAAUGGCGACAAGGAAGUAUGUUCAGAAAGCGAACCCAUCUUGAAUCACCACCAUCUUCAUUUGCAACCACCUGGAGAAUCCUCCUUUUCCUGUGAAAUUAUUCCUAUUGCUUCCAACCAUGAUGUCGACCAUGAUUUACAAAAUGUUCGGGUUGAUGAGACUUGUCAUCUCGUAAGUGCAGAUCAGCCACAAUGCCGAAUAUGCCUCGAUAUUGGAGGAGAAGAUUUAAUUGCCCCAUGCCAUUGCAAAGGUACGCAAAAGUACGUUCACAGAUCAUGUCUCGAUAAUUGGAGAUCCACCAAGGAGGGCUUCGCCUUUUCUCACUGUACAGAGUGCAGAGCUGUCUUCAUACUUCGCGCAAAUGUCCCACCAGAUCGCUGGUGGUUGAGAUUAAAAUUUCAGUUCCUUGUUGCUAGGGAUCAUGCAUUCAUUUUCAUAAUUGUUCAACUGGUUGUUGCUUUCUUGGGAGUGCUUGUGUACAAAUUUUAUGGAGAUGAACUGAGGGAAAUGUUUGGUUAUGAAGAACAUCCAUAUGGAUUUUAUACGAUGGCUGUUCUGGCCAUUGUUUUGGUGGGAUUGCUCUAUGGCUUCUUCAUAGCGAUAAUAUGUGGCCAAAGAAUCAAUGAACGCCACUACCAUGUUCUUGCCAAACAAGAAUUGACUAAGGAAUAUGUGGUAGAAGAUCGAGAACAUGUAAAGAAUGUGCCUGAACUCGAUCCUAGUCAUGUGACAGAGCUAAGGAUGUUGGGCCUUUACUAG